AUGACCCCAUCACCAGAAAGCUCCGAGAAUGAAGACAAAUUCCGAGAAUUGGCCUCAACAGUGCCUGGCCUCAACAGUCGUCUCCCUGUCCUGGCCCUCAACAGUCGUCUCCUGUCCUGGCCCCUCAAGUCGUCUCCCCUGGCCUGGCCCUCAACAGUCGUCUCCCCUGGCCUGGCCCUCAACAGUCGUCUCUGUCCUGGGUCGUCUCCUGUCCCGGCCCUCAGCAGUCGUCUCCUGUCCUGGCCCUCAACAGUCGUCUCCUGUCCCGGCCUCAACAGUCUCCCCUGUGCCCUGGGUCCUAGCCUCAACAGUCUCUCCCCUGUCGGCCCUCAACAGUCGUCUCCUGUCCCUGGCCCUCAACAGUCGUCUCCUCUCAACAGUCGCCUGUCCCAGCCCCUCAACAGUUGUCUCCUGUGGCCCUCAACAGUCGUCAGUCGUCCCUGUCCUGCCCUCACAGUCAGCUCCUCCCCUCAACAGUCGUCUCCUGGCCCGGCCCUCAACAGUCUGUCUCCAGUGGUCCCGGCCCCCAACAGUCGUCUCCCCUGUCCUGGCCCUCAACAGUCGUCUCCUGUCCUGGCCCUCAACAGUCGUCUCCCCUGUCCUGGCCCUCAACAGUCGUCUCCUGUCCCGGCCCUCAACAGUCGUCUCUGUCCGUCUCCCCUGUCCUGGCCCUCAACAGUCGUCUCCCUGUCCCGGCCCUCAACAGUCGUCUCCUGUCCUGGCCCCUCAACAGUCGUCUCCCCUGUCCUGGCCCUCAACAGUCGUCUCCCCUGGCCCGGCCCUCAACAGUCGUCUCCCCUGUCCCAGCCCUCAACAGUCGUCUCCCUGUCCCGGCCCUCAACAGUCGUCUCCCCUGUCCCGGCCCCCAACAGUCGUCUCCCUGUCCUGGCCCCCAACAGUCGUCUCCUCUGGCCCGGCCCUCAACAGUCGUCUCCCUGUCCCGGCCCCCAACAGUCGUCUCUGUCCCGGCCCUCAACAGUCGUCUCCUGUCCCGGCCCCCAACAGUCGUCUCCUCUGGCCCGGCCUCAACAGUCGUCUCCCUUCCCGGCCCUCAACAGUUCCCUCCAACACUCCCCCUCGUCCCUGCCCGGCCCUCAACAGUCGUCUCCUCUGGCCCGGCCCCAACAGUCGUCUCUCUGGCCCGGCCCCCAACAGUCGUCUCCUGGCCCGGCCCCCAACACCCUCAAACGUCUCCACAACAAUAAACACGACGCCAUCCUCCAGAAGGUGAACACAAAACAAGUUGGUGCAAUGUGA